AAAAAUGAUUAUUUUGAUAGAAAGCAAUAUGAAUUAAUAGGGGUAGCUACAGGAAGAGUUUCAAAAGACGAUUCAAUAUGUUCAUUAUUUUAUCAGAGACACGAGGGCUAUUUAAUGACAUUCGGUAUUAAAGAGCAAUAUAGAACUAGAGGGAUGGGAACUGAAUUAUUAAAUAAUAUUUGUAAAGUUUUUCAAAAAAGAGGAUGUGAAAGAGUACAUUUACAUGUUAAAAAAGGAAAUAGCGCAGCAUAUUCAUUUUAUAUAAAAAAUGGGUUCAGAUUUAAUCAAGAAAUUGCAAACUACUAUAAAAUUGAUAAUGUUCACUAUAAUGCAUCCAAUAUGACCAAAGAUUUAAAACCAAAAGAAAAAAAAAGUAAUUGGCAAAAAUUUUUAUUACUACUUCAACAACCAGAUUAUAUAAAUAUAGGUGAAGACGAAGAAGAUAUAGAAGAUGAAAAUGGUAUAAUAAGUGCUAAUAGUGUUGGUUCUACAAGUAGUCUCAGCAAAAGAUUUAAUUUCAUUUUAAUUAUAAUUUUAAUAUUAUUUUUAAUAUUUAUUUUAUUUUUAAUCAGUAAAAAUGAUAAUAAUAAUAAUUUAAAUAUUAGCACCAAAUAA